GCUGACGAGAAGCUGGUAAAGAAACCUAUCUUAACGUUUUCCUCUCUUGCUCGCUAAAUGGUCAACGAUUUAAAUUGAUAAUCCUAAUUACAAAUGUGCUAUGGUAAGAGUUAUUUGUCUGGUUACAUAGCUAGCUAAUCAUUUCCUUAGCGAAUAUUUUUUGUUGUUCUGUUUAUCUAAUACGCUAGCUACCGAAAAGUGUCUGCGACUGUUCUGAAUGGAUAGCUGGCCAAGGGAUGAAUAUAGCUAACUAACCUAGCAUGCCUAGCUAACUACAUGUCCGUUACAUUGAUAUGACAGCGUGGAUUCAUUUGUUUUAGGUAGUCUGAACUAGUGAGACUGCUGUCGACUUCUCCCAUACCGCCAGUUGACCGCUCUGCCCCCACCAACACCACCAUGUCUACGGGGAUGGCCUCAGCACCACUACCGCAGCCUACAAGCAACACAACACAAGGUUUUAUGCAACAACAACACCGUUUUUACUAAUAGCUAACUGUACUCAUUAGUGAUGGGACGAUUGAUAACGGAGCUCCGGCGCUAGUCAUGGGAAGUUAGGCUAUUUUUACUGACUCGGAUCUUUUUGAGUCGUUCAGUCAAAAGAACGAAUCGUUUGACUCGUUCCGUUAAUUUGUUGUCCAGAGUACAUCUCCCCUACCGGCGAACUGUAAAGAGUCAUGGAUAUACAAGCCUCUCGUUCACAUGUCCUUCGCAAUAGGGGAGAUAUUGGAGCUGUCAUUUGCGACUAAGACUUAAGCAAUGUUUACAUGUUUACAAUUUUCUACAUUUGUUGAAUGCCUAAUUCAUACAAUUAGAUUCAUACUUCAGAACAUUUGAAAGGUAGCCUGUUUGGUGUGCCAGUAGGUCGCCUAGUGGUUAGAGAUCGUUGGUGGCCAGUCAAACCGAAACGGUCGCUGGUUCUAAUCCCCAGCCAACAUAGGGAAAUACAUCGCUGAAAAAUCUCGCAUGUGCACCUUGACAGACAGGCACUUAACCCUAUUUGAUCUCAGAAAGUCCGCUCUGGAUAAGAGGCUCUGCUAAUAUGACAUAAAAAAGUAAAUGUCUAUUGUUGUGGGCUUUGUCCUAUAUAGCCUGUGAAAGUUGAUGGGCUGAGGUGCAGCAGCAUCUCCCUGAUAAAUUCAACUUUUUAAAUAUUAAAAUAUAACAUUAUUUGUAAAAAUGAACACCCACUUCAAUAUUAUAGAAAAUAACACUCCUGUAUUCUGAACACAAUCUUUCUUAUGAUUUGGCGGCUCCUGUAUGAGCGGAGCAAAACACUUGUCAGCAGAGCCGGGAGUCUGUGUAUUGGUUGGACUCCCGGAGUUGUGAAUCGUUUUGGUGGGUGGCAACGGAAAAUAACCCUGCCACAAUAUAGCCGGCUACACCCAAAAAAAAAACUUUUCACUUUACAUCUGGUAAGAAGAGUUCUGAUUAUACAUAUGCCUUUGUUGACAGGAAACAUUUGAUUUGGUGUAGCCGGCUAUAUUGUGGUAGGGUUAUUUUCCGUCGCCGGCCACCAGAACGAUUCACAAUUCAGGGAGUCUAACCCAUACACACACUCCCGAUGUUGUGUCCCAAAGCUAUAUUCAUCCUGCUGUAGAAUUAUUUGCUGCCAGCAGGUCAAACUUUUGACUGGUAGUGUAUAUCACCAGUAGUACAUUUACCGUUAAUUCCUAUAAUUUGUAAUCUACGAUGUUUGUUACUUUGGUUACGGUAAUUUCUGUUAAUGCAUUCAAUAUUAUUAUUAUUAUUAUUAUUAUUAUUAUUAUUAUUAUUACAGUUUUACAUUUCUCAUUGUCGGAGUGGACACAUUGUUUGCAGAGUGCACAACCUAUGCUACACUUGUGAGAAACAAGUUUUGGUUUAUUUCAUUCCAUCUACGAGUUUUGUCAAUUUAGUCAAUGUCUUUUGUUUGGAGCGCUCCUGUCAAUGUUGAGUAAGGACACGCACACAUAGAAGUAGGCCUAUAGGCUACCUGGCCUGAACGCAAAGGUAGGGAUAUAAAUGUGCCCAUUUGGGGAUCUGAUAGUAUUUAUGAUUGGCUUAACGCACCACCACUAAUGAGCUGUGGAGCUUCUCAAAGUAAUGUUUUCUUCACCUCAAACAGCAAGCAAACAAAGUCUGUUUCUACAUCCAUUGAGAAUUACAAUAGUUCCUCAAUGUAUAUGAAAAAUCUUCCCAGCUCUCUCCCGUUCAAUAACCACUCAGCGUGAAAGGAAAAAAUGUCAUGCUCUGAUCCAGUGGAAACGUCAUAAAAUAGGCCUACAUGAUUACUUCUUAUCAGUGCUUGACUUGGACUGAAAUAGGUUCCGGGACUCAUUUUGGGUGCUGGUACUGUUUAUAUUUAGGUGCAGGAGCUCCACAAUACUGUUGAACUAAUAUUCUAUAAGAGGAACAGGAGCUCAAGCAGUAGAGAAUUUGAGGUGCCGGUACUCCGCUCCGGUGAGCUCCUGCCCAAGUCAAGCACUGCUUAUACCUUGCGCAAAUAGGAUGUGUCUGUUCCGAGCUCACUGGCACAGGAAACUCUGAGGACCCAGAAUAUUUUAUACAAUGUUGCAAAUUCGCUGGGCCAGACCCAAGUUAAUAGUUGAUACAAUGUUUCUUGUUCGUUGCAGACAGGCCAUGCAUAGCCAAUGUGAUUUAUAGGAUAUUUAUUUUUAUCAGGAUCAUUUCUACCUGCAGACUGCGAUGUUUGUGUUUGUUGGCUUUAUGUAGGACAUUUUUACAUAUAGUUGGCAAUGGCAAUCAAAGUUACUUUUUAGGUUUGUAUCAUUUUCAUUUAGAUUUGGAUACAAUUUUGAUUUUAUCGGCAACUUCAGGAGAGUAACGGCAGAAUCUGCGAAAGCCAGCAGGAGAGGGAGGAGAAUGGUUGGUUAUCUAGAUCUCUGGCUCCCUCUUGAGUCAUUUGUGUCUUAUUUUAUCAAACAGUAAGCUUAAAGCAUCAGACAAGCUCAAUGUAUAUAGUUGAUUGUAUUAAAACUGAUAGGGUGUGUCUAUUGAAAAAUAUACAUUAAAAAAUGUCAACCAAUUGAUUGGUCGAAAGAACAGACGACUUUAGGUCGACUAAGAUCUUUUUUGACAGGGACAGCCCUAAAGUGCUGUUAUUGUGAAGUGGAAACGUCUAGGAGCAACAACGGCUCAGCCGCGAAGUGGUAGUCCACACAAGCUCACAGAACGGGACCGCCGAGUGCUGUAGCCCGUAGCGCGUAAACAUUGUCUGUCCUCGGUUGCAACACUCACUACCGAGUUCCAAACUGCCUCUGGAAGCAACUUCAGCACAAUAACUUUUAGUCGGGAGCUUCAUGAAAUGGGUUUCCAUGGCCAAGCAGCUGCACACAAGCCUAAGAUCACCAUGUGCAAUGCCAAGCGUCGGCUGGAGUGGUUUAAAGCUCGCCGCCAUUGGUCUCUUGAGCAGUGGAAACGCUUUCUCUGGAGUGAUGAAUCACGCUUCGUCGUCUGGCAGUCCGACGCACUAAUCUUGGUUUGGUGGAUGCCAGUAGAACGCUACCUGCCCCAAUGCAUAGUACCAACUGUGAAGUUUGGUGGAGGAGGAAUAAUGGUCUGGGGCUGUUUAUCAUGGUUCGGGCUAAGCCCCUUAGUUCCAGUGAAGGGAAAUCUGAAUGCUACAGCAUACAAUUACAUUCUAGACGAUUCUGUGCUUCCAACUUUGUGGCAACAGUUUGGGGAAGGCCCUUUCCUGUUUCAGCAUGACAAUGCCCCCGUGCACACAGCGAGGUCCAUACAGAAAUGGUUUGUCGAGAUCGGUGUGGAAAAACUUGACUGGCCUGCACAGAGCCCUGACCUCAACCCCAUCGAACACCUUUGGGAUGAAUUGGAACGCCGACUGUGAGCCAGGCCUAAUCGCCCAACAUCAGUGCCCGACCUCACUAAUGCUCUUGUGACUGAAUGGAAGCAAGUCCCCACAGCAAUGUUCCAACAUCUAGUGGAAAGCCUUCCCAGAAGAGUGGAGGCUGUUAUAGCAGCAAAAGGGGGACCAACUCCAUAUUAAUGCCCAUGAUUUUGGAAUGAGAUGUUCGACAAGCUGGUGUCCACAUACUUUUGGUCAUGUAAUGUAUCUUUCAUAUUAACGAGAAUACUUUUAAAUGACUAAACACCUUUUAUAGGGUUAGGGCUCCCACACGGCCAUAUUUCCAUGCUACAGAAAACAGACAGAAGACAGAGGGGACUACCUGUGCUAAUUAGCUAUCCAGAGGGGACUACCUGUGCUAAUUAGCUAUCCAGAGGGGACUACCUGUGCUAAUUAGCUAUCCAGAGGGGACUACCUGUGCUAAUUAGCUAUCCAGAGGGGACUACCUGUGCUAAUUAGCUAUCCAGAGGGGACUACCUGUGCUAAUUAGCUAUCCAGAGGGGACUACCUGUGCUAAUUAGCUAUCCAGAGGGGACUACCUGUGCUAAUUAGCUACCUGCGUCUCCGAACACCUGUGUGUAAACGGAAGACUGAAGCGUGUCGUCGCUGAACAAUAUUAUCGGCUGCAACUGUGUUAAAACAGUGUACAGUAAGUGUGUAUUUAGCGUUUUGUGAAAUUAUUUUGAUGUGGUAUGAAAGUAGAGGGCUUUGUGUUUCUAGAGCCGUACCUUAAUUGAGAAUCGAUUCACGUUUUAGAUGGGAGUAUUUGGCUGUUUUGGCUUUCAGAGCCAGUUCGCCUCGACAGAACAAGGUCCUUGGACUGUAAGGAGUAACGUUAAGACUCCUUCAGUCCAUUAUUGGGCUACCACACUAUAUGAGCAGGUAGCAACAGAUUGUCUCACUCCUGUAGCUACAUAGUCUCCAUAGGUGGACUGGUUGCCUCCUACAUUAACAAUGUUCCUAGGUCUGGGAUUUCUGAGACUAGUAGCUACAGGAUUACUUGUGUGUUUCCUCUCUCCAUAGGUCAGAGAUUAACCUGCACAUUAUAUGGCUGCCAACGAGUCUACACGGACCCAGACAGCCUGGCCACACACAUCAAGGACCAUCAGAAUCACAUUCCCACUCAGUCCCUCCCAGGUAAGCUCAUAGAGUACAACACACCUGUGUCUUACAAAACACCUCCUGGAUCCUGGAGGAGACACGUUUUUAUUGGAUCCUGGAGGAGACACGUUUUUAUUGGACAUUUAUUUUGACAGGGAAGAGAUCUUGAGACCUACGUCUCUUUUCCAAAUUUUUUAUUUUAUUUUAUUUAACCUUUAUUUAAAAAAAGUUUUAUUUACAAUGACGGCCUACCCCGGCCAAACCCGGACGACGCUGGGCCAAUUGUGCGCCGCCCUAUGGGACUCCCAAUCACGGCCGGAUUGUGAUACAGCCUGGAAUCGAACCAGGGGGUGUGUAGUGACGCCUCAAGCACUGAGAUGCAGUACCUUAGACCGCUGCGCCACUCAGGAGCCCAAAUGAGGUCCCCAAGAACACAGUGGCCUCCAUCAUAUUUGGUAGGCCAUCAUUGUAAAUAAGAAUUUGUUCUUAACUGACUUGCCAAGUUAAAUAAAGGUAAAAUAAUACAUGGAAGAAGUUUGGAACCACCAAGACUCUUCCUAGAGCUGGCCGCCCGGCCAAACUGAGCAAUCGGGGGAGAAGGGCCUUGGUCAGAGAAGUAAUAGUAGUAAUAUGCCAUUUAGCAGACGCUUUUAUCCAAAGCGACUUACAGUCAUGCGUGCAUAUUUUUUUUUUUUGUGUAUGGGUGGUCCCGGGGAUCGAACCCACUACCCUGGCGUUACAAGCGCCAUGCUCUACCAGCUGAUCUACAGAGGACCAAGAACCUGAUGGUCACUCUGACAGAGCUCCAGAGUUCCUCUGUGGAGAUGGGAGAACCUUCCAGAAGGACAAACAUCUCUGCAGCACUCCACCAAUCAGGCCUUUAUGAUAGAGUGGCCAGACGGAAGCCACUCCUCAGUAAAAGGCACAUGACAGCCCGCUUGGAGUUUGCCAAAAGGCACCUAAAGACUCUCAGACCAUGAGAAACAAGAUUCUCUGGUCUGAUGAAACCAAGAUUGAACUCUUUGGCCUGAAUGCCAAGUGUCAUGUCUGGAGGAAACCUGGCACCAUCCCUACAGUGAAGCAUGGUGGUGGCAGCAUCAUGCUGUGGGGAUGUUUUUCAGCGGCAGGGACUGGGAGACUAGUCAGGAUCGAGGGAAAGAUUAAUGGAGCAAAGUACAAAGAGAUCCUUGAUGAUAACCUGCUCCAGAGCACUCAGGACCUCAGACUGGGGCGAAGGUUCACCUUCCAACAGGACAACGACCCUAAGCACACAGCCAAGACAACGCAGGAGUGGCUUUGGGACAAGUCUCUGAAUGUCCUUGAGUGGCCCAGCCAGAGCCUGGACUUGAGCCCGGUCGAACAUCUCUGGAGAGACCUGAAAAUAGCUGUGCAGCGACGCUCCCCAUCCAACCUGACAGAGCUUGAGAGGAUCUGCAGAGAAGAAUAGGAGAAACUCCCCAAAUACAUGUGUGCCAAGCUUGUAGCGUCAUACCCAAGACAACUUGAGGUUGUAAUCGCUGCCAACGGUGCUUCAACAAAGUACUGACUAAAGGUUCUGAAUACUUAUGUAGAUGUGAUAUUUCAAAUUUUUAUUUUUAAUACAUUUGCAAAAAUGUAUAAAAACCUGUUUUUGCUUUGUCAUUAUGUGGUAUUGUGUGAAAAUUGAUAAGGGGGAAAAAACUAUUUAAUCCAUUUUAGAAUAAGGCUGUAACGUAACAAAGUGGAAAAAGUCAAGGGGUCUGAAUACUUUCCGAAUGCACUGUAGCUAUAAAAUCUGACUGUAGUUUUGGCACAGCCGGAUCAACAGUCGGGCAAUAGCAUACAUAAUAGUAUCAUCCGCAUAUAGAUGAAGUAAAACAUUUUUUUUUACAGAUUGACCAAAGGUGUUUAUAUAAAUAGUGAAGAGAACAGGUCCCAAAAUCGACCCCUGUGGUACACCUUUAUGUACUUCAAGAAAUUCAGACUUAACCCCAUCCGUCACAAUGGCCUGACAUUUCUUACACAAACAACUGGGCAAUGGUCACAAAUGUCUUGGGCGAAGACACCAGUAGAAACAUAUUUCUCUUGUGUAUUCGAUAAGAUAAGAUCAAUCCGAGAGGACUUUAAAGGAUCUCACCAGCUGGGUUAGGUUUAAAUCAUUACACAUGUCUUUUUAGAUUGUCUGAAACCUGCAUUUCCCAUUUCAUAAUUUAGGUCACCCAGGAUAAUAACUUCUGAUUUAGUAAAAGAAGACAUCAAACUACUUAACUCCUCGAGUGCACAAAGGUUAGCUGAGGGAGGACGGUAUACCCCUGUAACAGUUCUGAAUACAUUUUUCCCCCAGACAAAGCCUUAAAGAAUAGUAGCUCAAAUUUUUUGGCAAGAUAAAUGAUUUUUUAUAAAAGUGGCCACUCCACCACCUCUACCCUUUUCUGUCAGCUCUGAACACAUGAUAACCCUCAAUAUUAAGAGAGUCCAGAAUGUCCCCAGAGAUCCAAGUUUCAGUCAAUACCAGAAUAUCCGGAUUCGUCUGCAUAGCCCAGAUCUUGAUGUAAUCCAGUUUAGGAAAUAAGCUCCUAAUGUUCAGAUGCAUCAACCCAAGACCUUUACGAUUUUCACAUGCAAACUCAAACAAGCUAUGUUCAAUAGGCGGUUGCAGGCCCUGUCUGAUGGUUGAUAUAGUUGGUAUGGCUAUAAGAUUGCAUAGAACUGCACCAUUUGGUCCCUAUUAGUAAUAGAGGAAGGAGAAGAAAUUGGAAUUACCUUUCCAAGGUUAGCACCACAGGGUCUGAGGCCGCAGCCAAUGGCAAUAUGGGGAACUCUCAGAGUAACCAAUGAUGGAAUGUUAUAAACUGACUUACAUGGGUUUUGGUUGCUAUCGUUCAAAAGUCCAAGCCCUCUACGUGAUUUGAAUACCGAGGGGGUAUUCAAGUUUAUGGAAUUCACAUUUGAACUAAAAGCACUGGAUGAGCAGACCACAGUGGGUUCCUGUUUUGAGCUAACAAUAGCAGAUCUAAGAGUGGAGUUCAAAUGAAUGGGUACAAGAUUACAACUGACAAAAACCAUAUCUCAGACUGGCCAAUAAAAAUAAAAGAUUAAGAUGGGCAGUCUAAAUUAUGGUUUUUUCUUUGCAACUCUGCCUAGAAGGUCAGCAUCCCGGAGUCGCCUCAUCACUGUUGACUUUGAGACUGGUGUUUUGCGGGUACUAUUUAAUGAAGCUGCCAGUUGAGGACCUGUGAGGCGCCUGUUUCUCAAACUAGACAUUCUAAUGUAUUUGUCCUCUUGCUCAGUUGUGCACCGGGGCCUCCCACUCCUCUUUCUAUUCUGGUUAGAGCCAGUUUGCGCUGUUCUUUGAAGGGAGUAGUACACAGCGUUGUACGAGAUCUUCAGUUUCUUGGCAAUGUCUUGCAUGGAAUAGCCUUCAUUUCUCAGAACAAGAAUAGACUGACGAGUUUCAGAAGAAAGUUAUUUGUUUCUGGCCAUUUUGAGCAUGUAAUCGAACCCACAAUUGCUGAUGCUCCAGAUACUCAACUAGUCUCAAGAAGGCCAGUUUUAUUGCUUCUUUAAUCAGCACAACAGUUUUCAGCUGUGCUAACAUAAUUGCAAAAAGGUUUUCUAAUGAUCAAUUAGCCUUUUAAAAUGAUAAACUUGGAUUAGCAAACACAACGUGCCAUUGGAACACAGGACUGAUGGUUGCUGAUAAUGGGCCUCUGUACGCCUAUGUAGAUAUUCCAUUAAAAGUCAGCCGUUUCCAGCUACAAUAGCCAUUUACAACAUUUAAAUGUCUACACUGUAUUUCUGAUCAAUUUGAUGUUAUUUUAAUGGACAAACAUUUUGCUUUUCUUUUGAAAACAAUGACAUUUCUAAGUGAACCCAAACUUUUCAGCGGUAGUGUAUAUUCCUCAAUAAGCUGACAGUUUCCACAAUGGAAAUUUGUCUGGUCAAUAUUAUUCCCGGAACUGUGCAAACUAGGUGCAGCUCCUACAUGGGAUGAAACGUUCACCGUCGUCUCUGAAGGUGGUUGCUGAUAGUCUGGGAAAAGUCAGUUUCCCCGUAUGGCGGAAAGUGGUAGACGCCAUUUUUUUGAAAAAUUCAGUUAAAAUCCAGGUUGGCGAGGAAUCAGCUCUUACAGAGUUUGUAAGAUCACCACAGUUAUAGGCGGUAAGCCAGAACCCAACCACAGACUAGAAACCAGCACUAGGACACACAAUAAACACAACCAAAGCACAAAACAUGGCCAGCAUAACAACAGCAAGGAGAGAGCGGUGACUUACUCAAUGUGAUUUAAGUGCUGGGGCCCAUCAAAACAGCAACGCAACGGAGGCCGUGUUACCACUGUGAUAGCCAAGAGAGAAGCACCUUGGAGGGGAUGUAGUUUCCAGUACAGGCCGGAGGAAAACCGGGAGGGAGGCAAGCGCUACACUGGGGCCGCGGGAGAGGAGAGGUGAGGAGAGGUGAGGAGAGGUGAGGAGAGGAGAGGAGAGGAGAGGAGAGGGAGAGGAGAGGAGAGGAGAGGAGAGGAGGAGGAGAGGAGAGGAGAGGUGAGGAGAGGUGAGGAGAGGAGAGGAGAGAGGCUACACUGGGCCGCGGGAGAGUCCAAAAGAGUUAAUCCAAGUGGAGUUCAAGUUUGGCAGUAAAUCCAAAAUAACAUCCAAGGCACAAUGUCAGGUGGAAGGAUGAAAGCAGCAGUAGGUAGGUGUCUGAUCAGAUAAUGCCCCAGAGCAGAGGAGGGUGCCCAGGUGUCUGAUCAGAUAACGCCCCAGAGCAGAGGAGGGUGCCCAGGUGUCUGAUCAGAUAAUGCCCCAGAGCAGAGGAGGGUGCCCAGGUGUCUGAUCAGAUAAUGCCCCAGAGCAGAGGAGGGUGCCCAGGUGUCUGAUCAGAUAAUGCCCCAGAGCAGAGGAGGGUGCCCAUGUAUAUCCAAUUAGGCCUCAAACGUUUCAGCUGAACUGUUUUGUAUGUCUCCUUAAUAAAAUACUGUAUGCAAUUUUGCACUAUUGUCCAAUGUGUUCACAGCCAGAUGAAACAAAGGUAAAUGAAGAGAAAAAAAGUGUUUUCAGCUACAAACACUGAUCAGACAAAACAAUACGUGCUUGCCGCCAUCUUGAAAAGUGGGUGUGAAAACUAUUUGUAUGUGAACUAUUUAUAAGAUACAUACUUUAUUUUCCCCAAACUCACUUCACUCGCACAUAAGAGGGAGGCUUGUGCUACCGUUGCUGGAAUAGCGAUUUUAAGCUGUUUACACGUCCUAAUAAUUUGAAAGAUUGCUCAGAAAACGAGGUGUUUUAAUCAGCGUACGCUCACGUCGAUUUUGACCUCACGCUGAUUUAAGAUAAGCAGAGGAAGGUGAUUACAUGACUAUUUCAUACUCUGCCUACUGCCAUAAUCAGUUUAAUAUCUAAUGAAAUGUACUCGCUGUCGCUCUCCCUCCUCUCAGGGAAAGUGUUCCUCUGCUCCUCGACCGGCUGCAACGGCUCCUUCGCCAGCAUGCUGCUCCUGAUGGAGCAUAUGAGGCAGCACCACAAACCCAACACAUACUUCCUGUAGGUAUUUGUGUUUGUGUGUGUACAUAGAGAUACUCCCAUUCUCCAGAAGUUCCUCUGCCAGGUGUUUGAUGAUUAUCUUGUUCCCAAUCCAUAGAUUAUUCCCCUCUCUCUCUCUCUCUCUGUCAGGUGUCAGAGUUGUCGCUCCAAGCUACGUUCCUAUCGUGCCCUCCUCAAACACCUCCACACCUGUGCCAAGGUGGCCAGGGGCAAGGCCAAGGCUGGCGAGCAGGCAGAGGUCAAGCCUGACCCUGAUGCUGACCCUGAUGCUGCUGUUCCCAUGGCUACAGACCCCUCCAGUACAGACCAGGAGACCCCACAGCAGCAGGAGCCCAUGGAGUCCGAACCCUCCCACCUUGUCCCUGGGUCCGCUGGGUCUGACCCCCUCUCUGCCCUGGCUCCCUCCCCUUACCAUCCCCCAGAGGAUGGAUCUCUCCUGAGCCUGGACCCCAACUCGGCCCUGCUCCCUGGGGCUUUCUCCCUCCAGGAGCCUGGUGGUGGGGGGUUGUCAGCCACCCAGCUCACCCAUUCCCCAGGCCUCACAGACCAGCCCCAGCUCCCUGAGGGAUCCUUUGGCUCCUUCUCUCAGUACCGCCAAUCUCCACUGGAAGUCUCUGGGCCUGAGCUACAGCAACAACAGAGGCCCCCCAUGCCAGCCCCUCCUGCCCUGCCUUCCUCUCCACCACCCCAGACCUCCACUCCGCCCGGCUCUAACGCUCGCUGGAGGAAGAAAGGUGAUCUUAUAACAAUCAGCUUCUUUGGUUGAAUCUCAGGGUUAACUUUGGGGGUUUGGAAAUGUUGUCUUUGGGUCGUUCCAUUUUGAUUUCAAUCACUUUUUGACAGCAUCCCUUUUGAGGAGCUAGGGGUGCUCAAAGUUGACCCAUUUGGAUCUCCCACCCUACCUCCCACCCACCCUACCUCCCACCCCUACCUCCCACCCACCCUACCUCCCACCCUACCUCCCACCCACCCUACCUCCCACCCUACCUACCUCCCACCCACCCCACCCCCGACACCUACCCUCCCACCAUACCACCCACCCAUCCCACCCACCCUAACCUCCCACGCCUACCCGUCGACCACCUCAACACCUAACCCUCCCACCCUAACCUACCACGCCACCCAUCCUCCCACCCACCCUAACCACCCACCCUAACCUCCCACCCAACCCAGCCACCCCCCACCCAACCCUCAAACGUACCUCCCCCCCUCCACUACCCUCCCCCCCCUCCACCGACUACCAAAACCAAAACCACCCAUCCUCCAAAACCACUAACCCACACAACCCACCCCCCUCCCACCCACCCUACCUCCCCCACCUACCUCCCCCUCCCCCCUCCCUCACCCAUACCUCCCUCCCACCCUAUAACCUCCCACCCACCUACCCUCCACCCUACCCUCCUCCCACCUCUACCUCCCUCCCACCCUCCUCCCUCCCACCCUACCUCCCACCCCACCCUACCUCCCGCCCCUACCAUGAGACAUCCAUGUUGAGUUUGAUAUCACUGAAAAGCUUAAAAACAGGGUUGUCAAACUAAUUUAUAAAGUAUUUUUUUUAAAAGUUGUUUAAUUUAAGAAAGUUUUUUUUAACCUUUAACAUCAAUUAUCUAAAAACGUGUGAACUAAUUUUACAUGUUUUAUAUUUUUAUAUAUAGUGUGUGUGUGUGUGUGGAAUGAUGUUGUAGUUUAGACCCCAUUGUUCGUCCUCUGAGGUGUGUGUUGUUCCUUCCAUCGGUUGAGACACAGCAUUCUCCUGAAUACAGGCUGGGUGUCAUUUCAAUCAUAGAAAUGUAAUUCAUAGAAUGGACAUAUCCCUUCAGACCACUGCAUUUAGCUGGUACAUCAUUUACAUUUCAAUUGAAUUACAUUUUUAACUUCUAAUCACUACCGCAAUGAUGGCCGCCGGUCAACCGACCAUUGAAUGUCAACUUAAAUAGGAAUGUCUAUUGUAUUUAACUAUAUUUAAUAUAAUAUAUAUAUUAUUUACAUUAACUAUAUUUCUAUGAUUUCAAUAGGUUUCUUACGGAGGAUUGACAGUAUAAAUUAAAGCAACUGAUAUUCCCAUUCAAGUCAACAUCUUUAUGGUACCAUUUGAAAGUUGAAAUUUCAAUUUUAUUCCCGUUUUAGUACAUUUAUCUGCCUGUACUCUAGAGAAUGCUGUGUCUCAUCCGAUGGUGGGAACAACACAAACACCUCAGAUGACGUACAAUAGGGUCUAAGCUACAUUGUAUUUGAAAAUGAACAAAAAUGUUUUUAGAUAAUUGACGUUAAAGGUAUAAAAAUAUAUAUAUAUACAGUACCAGUCAAAAGUUUGGACACACCUACUCAUUAAAGGGUUUUUCUUUAUUUUUACAAUUUUCUACAUUGUAGAAUAAUAGUGAAGACAUCAAAACUAUGAAAUACCACAUAUGGAAUCAUGUAGUAACCAAAAAAGUGUUAAACAAAUAUUUUAUAUUUGAGAUUCUUCAAGUAGCCACCCUUUGCCUUGAUGACAGCUUUGCACACUCUUGGCAUUCUCUCAACCAUCUUCACCUGGAAUGCUUUUCCAACAGUCUUGAAGGAGUUCCCACAUAUGCUGAGCACUUGUUGGCUGCUUUUCCUUCACUCUGCCGUCCGACUCAUCCCAAACCAUCUCAACUGUGUUGAGGUCGGGGGAUUGUGGAGGCCAGGUCAUCAGAUGCAGCACUCCAUCACUCUCCUUCUUGGUCAAAUAGCCCUUACACAGCCUGGAGGUGUGUUGGGUCAUUGUCCUGUUGAAAAACAAAUGAUAGUCCCACUAAGCCCAAACCAGAUGGGAUGGCAUAUCGCUGCAGAAUGCUGUGGUAGCCAUGCUGGUUAAGUGUGCCUUGAAUUCUAAAUAAAUCCCAGACGGUGUCACCAGCAAAGCACCCCCACACCAUAACACCUCCUCCUCCAUGCUUUACGGUGGGAACUACACAUGCAGAGAUCAUCCGUUCACCUACUCAGUGUCUCACAAAGACACGGCGUUUGGAACCAAAAAUCUCAAAUUUGGACUCAUCAGACCAAAGGACAAAUUUCCACUGGUCUAAUGUCCAUUGCUUAUGUUUCUUGGCCCAAGCAAGUCUCUUCUUCUUAUUGGUGUCCUUUAGUAGUGGUUUCUUUGCAGCAAUUCGACGAUGAAGGCCUGAUUCACACAGUCCCCUCUGAACAGUUGAUGUUGAGAUGUGUCUGUUACUUGACCUCUGUGAAGCAUUUAUUUGGGCUGCAAUCUGAGGCUGGUAACUCUAAUGAACUUAUCCUCUGCAGCAGAGGUAACUCUGGGUCUUCCAUUCCUGUGGUGGUCCUCAUGAGAGCCAGUUUCAUCAUAGUGCUUGAUGGUUUUCACGACUGCACUUGAAGAAACUUUCAAAGUGCUUGAAAUGUUCCGUAUUGACUGACCUUGUGUCUUAAAGUAAUGAUGGACUGUAAUUUCUCUUUGCUUAUUUGAGCUGUUCUUGACAUAAUAUGGACCUGGUCUUUUACCAAAUACGGCUAUCUUCUGUAUACCCCCCCGACCUUGUCACAACACAACUGAUUGGCUCAAAAGCAUUAAGAAGGAAAGAAAUUCCACAAAUUAAUUUUUAACAAGGUACACCUGUUAAUUGAAAUGCGUUCUAGGUGACUACCUCAUGAAGCUGGUUGAGAGAAUGCCAAGAGUGUGCAAAGCUGUCAUCAAGGCAAAGGGUGGCUACUUUGAAGAAUCGCAAAUAUAUUUUGAUUUGUUUAACACAGUUUUGGUUACUACAUGAUUCCAUAUGUGUUAUUUCAUAGUUUUGAUGUCUUCACUAUUAUUGUACAAUGUAGAAAAUUGUAAAGAAUUUUUUAGAAAAACCCUUGAAUGAAUAGGUGUGUCAACUUUUGACUGGUAGUGUAUAUAUUAAAUGACUCAAUAGUCGACUGCAACGACCAUAGGAGUUGGGCUAUACAGCACAAGCAGAGCUGGGACCACCAGGCUAGUCCUGUUGUCCUGUUGGACAUCCCUGGAUGAAACAGACAGACACACACGUGCUGAUUGCAGUGAGGAGUCUCUAGCCAGACAGACGUGCUGAUUGCAGUCAGGAGUCUCGAGCCAGACAGACGUGCUGAUUGAAGUGAGGAGUCUCGAGCCAGACAGACGUGCUGAUUGCAGUGAGGAGUCUCGAGCCAGACAGACGUGCUGAUUGCAGUCAGGAGUCUCGAGCCAGACAGACGUGCUGAUUGCAGUCAGGAGUCUCGAGCCAGACAGACGUGCUGAUUGCAGUCAGGAGUCUCGAGCCAGACAGACGUGCUGAUUGCAGUCAGGAGUCUCGAGCCAGACAGACGUGCUGAUUGCAGUCAGGAGUCUCGAGCCAGACAGACGUGCUGAUUGCAGUCAGGAGUCUCGAGCCAGACAGACGUGCUGAUUGCAGUCAGGAGUCUCGAGCCAGACAGACGUGCUGAUUGCAGUGAGGAGUCUCGAGCCAGACAGACGUGCUGAUUGCAGUCAGGAGUCUCGAGCCAGACAGACGUGCUGAUUGCAGUGAGGAGUCUCGAGCCAGACAGACGUGCUGAUUGCAGUGAGGAGUCUCGAGCCAGACAGACGUGCUGAUUGCAGUGAGGAGUCUCGAGCCAGACAGACGUGCUGAUUGCAGUCAGGAGUCUCGAGCCAGACAGACGUGCUGAUUGCAGUCAGGAGUUUCUAGCCAGACAGACUUGCUGAUUGCAGCAAUGAGUGAGUGAACUGUGUUUUGUCAUGUUGCACUGUCCUGCCAGAAGCUCAGAGGUCUCUAAGUCACAGAUGGACCUCUCCUCCAGCCAGUCACAGGUUAACUAGAGAUGGAGCACAGGUGAGACCUGGAGAAAUCACUAACCACACAACUAGAGGGAGAAACAACUAACCACACAACUAGAGGGAGAAACCACUAACCACACAACUAGAGGGAGAAACAACUAACCACACAACUAGAGGGAGAAACCACUAACCACACAACUAGAGGGAGAAACCACUAACCAACCACACAACUAGAGGGAGAAACCACUAACCACACACACAACUAGAGGGAGAAACCACUAACCACACAACUAGAGGGAGAAACAACUAACCACACAACUAGAGGGAGAAACCACUAACCACACAACUAGAGGGAGAAACCACUAACCACACACACAACUAGAGGGAGAAACCACUAACCACACAACUAGAGGGAGAAACCACUAACCACACAACUAGAGGGAGAAACCACUAACACACACACAACUAGAGGGGAAGAAACCACUACUAACCACACAACUCGAGGGAGAAACCACUAACCACACAACUAGAGGGAGGAAACCACUAAUACCACACACAACUAGAGGGCGAAACCACUAACCACACAACUGAGGGAGAAACCACCUAUCCACACAAACUAGAGGGAGAACCACUAACCACACAACUAGAGGGAGAAACCACUAAACCACACAACUAGGAGGGAGAAACCACCUAACCAACCACACAACUAGAGGGAGAAAACCAACCUACACACAAAACUAGAGGGGGAAACCACUAACCACACACACUCGAGGGAGAAACAAUAAACAACCACAGGAAACUAGGGAAAUCCACUAACCACACACAACUAGAGGGGCAGAAACCACUACCACACAACUAGAGUUUUCUUUGGAGAAACCAACUAACCCACACACAACUAGAGGGAGAAACACUUAACCACACCAACUAGAGGGAGAAACCACUAACCACACAACAACUAGAGGGCGAAGAAACCCCACUAACCCACACCAACUAGGGGAGAAACCACUAAACCACACAACUAGAGGGAGAACCACUAACCACCACACACAACUAGAGGGAGAAACCACUAACCACACAACUAGAGGGAGAAACCACUAACCACACACAACUAGAGGGAGAAACCACUAACCACACAACUAGAGGGAGAAACCACUAACCACACAACUAGAGGGAGAAAACCCACUAGCCACAGCCACACAACUAGAGGGAGAAACCACUAACCACACAACUAGAGGGAGAAACCACUAACCACACAACUAGAGGGAGAAACCACUAACCACACACACAACUAGAGGGAGAAACCACUAACCACACACACAACUAGAGGGAGAAACCACUAACCACACAACUAGAGGGAGAAACCACUAACCACACAACUAGAGGGAGAAACCACUAACCACACAACUAGAGGGAGAAACCACUAACCACACAACUAGAGGGAGAAACCACUAAACUAAACUGCCCUUGGGUCAUGUCCAAUGGAAUUAUCCUGCUUCUUUCUCCAAUGCUAACCUUCUGCAUUAUUGGCUUCCUCCUCCUUCCCUUCCUGCUAACCUGGCUUCCCUCCCUCUUCCCCGGGCUAACCAAUCACCUAAUAACCAAUCACCUAAUAACCAAUCACCUAAUCGAUCCAUCAUGUGGCUGAUUGUUCAACCUGUCCAACUCCCAGAUUCACUCAAACAGCCAGGUAUUUGACGCUUUCACCAGCAGGGUUAUUAACCUCUAAAAGUAUAAGACUAUAUACAACUAUAGCCUAUAGAAACAUUAUAACACAUUCAGAAAUGGCAAAAAAGUAAGUAAAAAAAUUAAUCAUAAGGAAUAAGGUUUUGAAGUGUCUGUCCUAUAUCUAGGAGAUAUAAGAAAAUCUCAGGAUAUUUUUGGGGGGGUUUUUUGGACACAUAAUUAAGCCCUUAUUUUUGUUGGCACAAAACGACCUCCAUACUUCCAUUUGUUAGUAUGGGUUACCUUCAGACGAGUCCUGUGACACUUGUGGGUUUGUAGGCCAAACCGUUCGGACCCUACAGACGUUUUUAUGAGAAGACAGGGUCUGACUAUCUCCACUCUAGCCCUUCCACCUUCCACCGCAGAUGCGGAAGGCCGGGUUGGGGUUCCCUCUCACAGUCAGGUCUUGAUGCUUUCACCAGCAGAGAGAGAGUUAACUACCAUUCAGAUGACUGGGUGGGGUUCAGUAGGGCAAAACGUAGCAAAACCUUUUCCUACAAAACAUGCAGAUGAGUGUUCUUCACCAUAUCAUAGUACUACCUCCCGUUCCAAGCUCAAAUAAAAUAAAAUUGUAUUUGUCACAUGGUCCGAAUACAACAGGUGGAGACCUUACCUUGAAAUGCUUACUUACAAGCCCUUAACCAAUAAUGCAGUUCAAGAAAUAGAGUUAAGAAAAUAUUUACUAAAUAAACGAAAGUAAAAAAUAAAAUAAAAAGUAACACAAAAUACAAAAACGAGGCUAUAAACAGGGGGUACUGUUCCCGAGUCAAUGUGCGGGGGGUACAGGUUAGUCCAGGUAAUUUGUACAUGCUCUCGAUGGUGCAGUUGUAUAACUUUUUGAGGAUCUGGGGACCCAUGCCCAAUCUUUUCAGUCUCCUGAGGGGGAAAAGGUGUUGUCGUGCCCUCUUCACGACUGUCUUGGUGUGUUUGGACCAUGAUAGUUCGUUGGUGAUGUGGACACCAAGGAACUUGAAACUCGACCCGCUCCACUACAGCCCUGUCGAUGUUAAUAGGGGCUUGUUCGGCCCUCCUUUUCCUGUAGUCCACGAUCAGCUCCUUUGUCUUGCUCACGUUGAGGGAGAGGUUGUUAUCCUGGCACCACACUGCCAGGUCUCUGACCUCCUCCCUAUAGGCUGUCUCAUCGUUGUCGGUGAUCAUGCCUACCACUGUUGGGUCGUCAGCAAACUUAAUGAUGGUGUUGGAGUCGUGCCUGGCCAUGCAGUCAUGGGUGAACAGGGAGUACAGGAGGGGACUAAGCAGUUGGUCGGUGCAUGCUCUGAGUACACGUCCUGGUAAUCCGUCUGGCCCCGCGGCCUUGUGAAUGUUGACCUGUUUAAAGGUUUUGCUCACAUCGGCUACGGAGAGCGUGAUCACAGAGUCGUCCGGAACAACUGGUGCUCUCAUGCAUGCUUCAGUGUUGCUUGCCUCGAAGCGAGCAUAAAAGGCAUUUAGCCCGUCUGGUAGGCUCGAGUCACUGGGCAGCUCGCGGCUGGGUUUCCCUUUGUAGUCCGUAAUCAUUUGCAAGCCCUGCCACAUCCGACGAGCAUCAGAGCCGGUGUAGUACGAUUCAAUCUUAGUCCUGUAUUGACUCUUUGCCUGUUUGAUGGUUAAUCUGAGGGCAUAGCGGGAUUUCUUAUAAGCGUCCGGGUUAGAGUCCCGCUCCUCUAGCCUUUAGCUCGGUGCGGAUGUUGCCUGUAAUCCAUGGCUUCUGGUUGGGAUAUGUACGUACGGUCACUGUGGGGACGACAUCAUCGAUGCACUUAUUGAUGUAGCAGGUGACUGAGGUGGUAUACUCCUCAAAGCCAUUGGAUGAAUCCCGGAACAUAUUCCAGUCUGUGCUAGCAAAACAGUCCUGUAGCGUAGCACUAGCAUCAUCUGACCACUUCUGUAUUGAGCGAGUCACUGGUACUUCCUGCUUUAGUUUUUGCUUGUAAGCAGGAAUCAGGAGGAGAGAAUUAUGGUCAGAUUUUCCAAAUGGAGUGCGAGGCAGAGCUUUGUACGCGUCUCUGUGUGUGGAGUAAAGGUGGUCUAGAGUUUUUUUUCCUCUGGUUGCACAUGUGACAUGCUGGUAGAAAUUAGGUAAAACGGAUUUAAGUUUCCCUGCAUUAAAGUCCCCGGCCACUAGGAGCGCCGCCUCUGGAUGAGCAUUUUCUUGUUUGCUUAUGGCCUUAUACAGCUCGUUGAGUGCGGUCUUAGUGCCAGCAUCGGUUUGUGGUGGUAAAUAGACAGCUAGGAAUAAUAUAGAUGAAAACUUUCUUGGUAGAUAGUGGGUCUACAGCUUAUCAUGAGAUACUCUACCUCAGGCGAGCAAUAUCUCGAGACUUCCUUAAUAUUAGACAUCGCGCACCAGCUGUUAUUCACAAAUAGACACACACCCCCGCCCCACGUCUUACCAGACGUAGCUGCUCUGUCCUGCCGAUGCUCGGAAAACCCAGCCAGCUCUAUAUUAUCCGUGUCGUCGUUCAGCCACGACUCGGUGAAACAUAAGAUAUUACAGUUUUGUCCUGUUGGUAGGAUAAUCUCGAGCGGAGAUCAUCCAGUUUAUUCUCCAGUGAUUGCACGUUGGCCAAUAGAACGGAUGGUAGAGGCGGGUUACCCACUCGCCGACCAAUUCUCACAAGGCACCCCGAUCUCCGCCCCCUGUAUUUCCGUCUUGUCUUUCACGCGAAUGACGGGGAUUUGGGCCUGGUCUCGGAGAAGCAGUAUAUCCUUUGCGUCGGACUCAUUAAAUAAAAAAUAUUUUUGUCCAGUUCAAGGUGAAUAAUCGCUGUUCUGAUGUCCAGAAGCUCUUUUCGGUCAUAAGAGACAGUAGCAGCAACAUUAUAUACAAAAUAAGUAACAAACAAUGCGAAAAGAACACACAAAAUAGCACAGUUGGUUUGGAGCCCGUAAAACGGCAGUCAUUCCCUCCGGCGCCAUUAUCAGUUUCCUUCAUCUGGUGCUGAACAGGACCCGGUCUGUGCACAAGCUCCAACUUCCUUUAGUAGAGGUCUGUGGUGUGAAGAGCUGUCGGUUCAUUAUGGCUUUCAGUAAUACAGGGCUGAGGGCUCGUGGCUUUGCUGUGUCUGGCUGCCUUCACUUCUAUGUUGAUUCACCAGCUUCCACUUGGUCCAUAACCUUGUGCUGGGUAUACAUGCUUUGACCCUACAUCAAUCUGAAACCACUAGCCAAUGUAUUAAUGAUAUGGGCCCAAUCCCAAAUGGACCCCUAGACCCUACCCCUUAUGCACUUGCGGGGAUGUGAGAGGAUUUGAUUGGUGUAAGCAAUAUGGUGAAACUGUCAAGAGGGCAUAUUGGAGCUGUUAUCAGAUUGCUUACACCUUUCACACCCUCAGAUCUCCACAAGUGCGUAGGGUCUAGGAGUCGAUUUGGGAUUGGACCAUGGCGAAAGUACUGUGAGUAACCCCUGCUCCUCCACCCUCCAGGUCAGUCCUUCAACAGCCGUAUUCUAUGGAAACACACCAGGGGGCGCUACAGCUGUGUCCAGUGUGGCCACGCCACCCCCAACAGGAAGGAGAUGACCGCCCACAUCAAGGGCCAACACAAGAGCCCUGCAGCCAAGCCUGGUAACAAUGUCUAUAUUAUAGCCUGGUAACGACACAGGUACCAAUGUCUAUAUUAUAGCCUGGUAACGACACAGGUACCAAUGUCUAUAUUAUAGCCUCUGUAUUGUCUAGUAAAUCCCACUAAUGUCUAUGCUGUAACAUUGAUUUAAGGGUUAAUAAGGACUCAAUAUGAUUGGUCGGUCUCACUGAAUCCUCUCUUGAUUCUAGAUGUCCAUGAGGCCUCUCCGUCAUCAGAUAGAGGCCACACCCACCUCUGAUUCUACCCCCACCGGAGUGGAAACGCCAGAGGACAGUUUCAUAAUACGAUGUUAUACUAUAGUGGAACUAGCUUCAUAGAAAUGUAAACUAUUGAGAAAUCAGCUUUUAUUUUUACUGUGAAAGUGAUGCAUUUCAAUAAAACAUAUUCAAAACAAAUAUAACUUGACCAAAGGUAAUGGUAUUCGAGUUUAUGUGCAGAAAAUGUUUUGACAAGGAUUUAGAAAACAUGAUCACACACACACACACCUUCAUAACAACCACCUCGGUGCGUACACAAAUUAUAGUUCCGACGUUGAUUGUUGAAAAUUCACACGCCAAGUUGUCAACUAACAGUAUCUGCUGCAGCAAGCUAAAGCAAUGGUGAUAUUAGAUAAGCCUCAACUGAAGACAUGACCAUCAGAACCUCGUUCCACUUCCCCUUAAAGCAGAGUUCUAGUCCUGAUAUUAACUCAAUCCCACAGGGCUCUGGUCAAAAGUA